UUUGAAGAGAAUACGCCAUAUUGAAUUCCCGUAGGAAACGGCUAGCUUUUUUCCAGCUAGCGGUGCAAAUGGGCCACUUUAUCAAUGGUCCUAAUUCGGUUUAAUUUUUAAAUACUUCCCUUUUCGUAACCCCGUACGGCGUAGCGACCUCUGAAAGGUCCGGAAGGCGGCACAGAUUCACAACGGGCUCGACAGUGUUGGUUAGAUACUUGCAGGGGGGUUACCGGAGAAAGAAGUUGAAUGGAUCCGAGGGUAGCUUGGAUUCAGCCCGAACAGAAAGGACCUGCGAACGCCUUAUGGAUGCACGUCUGGGAGACCUCUCAGGGAGUACGGACGCUCUCCACUCAGCAGCAGCUUCACAAUCAAAACCACAAUCAAUGCGUGAAUUACGCCGCGUUGGAUGUUCUGAAGAAUGUGGCGACCGCGGUGGCAUCGAGCAAGAGUCUUUGCAUCAGCAACGGUAACGCUACUGCCAAUCUGAGCAACGGCAGCAGCCAUCACAGCAUCAUGAACGGCACUACUGGUAUUAACGGCACUGCGAUUUCCUCGCUAGGGAUAGCGCUGUCCAACGGGAACGUACAUAACUCCCUCACCACGACAACCACAACUGAACCAGGUGAGGGGAAAAACAUGCCCCAGAAGGGCUCGUCCGUACCGGAAUCCUCGACAGAUAACCCCCCUUCCAGCUGCUCACUUGAAAGGACUAUGGUUGGAAACGUAACGGGAAAUAUCAAUAAAAACGUCGGGAGUGCGAAUCUGCCUUUUAGCAUGAGCGACAGCAUAGACAAUAAUGUCAACAUUUAUCACCACCAUCACCGUCACCUACAGGAGCACCCGGCUUUCAAUUUACAGCAAAUUUGUGUAAAGCGCCAACAGGUUCAACCUUCUCUACCUGUAAAUCACACACACCACCCAGGCCGAAGGAAAAGUGACAACAAAGCGAGCACUUAUGGGAUGAAUUACUUGCUUUCAAACUGCACUAAUGGCAAUUAUGCCAGCACUUGGACGCCCUGGAAAACGAGGAAGUACAGCCCUGGGGUCCUCGGACUCCACGAGGAAGUGAUGGACUUCUACAACUUCAUGUCCCCUCGCCCAGAGGAAGCAGCUAUGAGGAAGGAGGUGGUGAACCGGAUAGAGAUGAUCAUCAAGGAGCUGUGGCCGACUGCAGAUGUCCAAAUAUUUGGCAGCUUCAGCACAGGGCUGUACCUCCCAACAAGUGACAUUGACCUCGUGGUGUUUGGAAAGUGGGAGCGCCCCCCGCUGCAAGAGCUGGAACAGGCUCUACGCAAGCAUAAUGUGGCAGAGCCUUUCUCUAUUAAAGUGCUGGACAAGGCAACGGUGCCAAUCAUCAAACUGACAGACCAAGAGACUGAGGUGAAGGUGGACAUCAGUUUUAACGUGGAGACUGGAGUAAAGGCAGCGAGCUUCAUCAAAGAUUAUGUAAAGAUGUACCCCGUGCUGCCUUACCUGAUCUUUGUGCUGAAGCAGUUUCUGCUGCAGAGAGAUCUGAAUGAGGUCUUCACUGGGGGAAUAAGCUCUUACAGCCUCAUCCUCAUGGUCAUCAGCUUCCUACAGCUCCAUCCUCGUAUUGAUGCCAGAAAUCCAAAUGAGAAUUUGGGCGUGUUGCUGAUCGAGUUCUUUGAGUUGUAUGGCCGCCAUUUCAACUACUUGAAAACAGGGAUCCGGAUCAAAAAUGGAGGCGCAUACAUAGCCAAAGAGGAGAUCAUGAAGGCCAUGAUGAAUGGAUACAGGCCAUCCAUGCUCUGUAUAGAGGACCCACUUCUUCCAGGAAAUGAUGUCGGGAGGGGUUCCUAUGGUGCCAUGCACGUCAAGCAGGUGUUUGACUACGCCUACACUGUCCUAAGUCAUGCUGUAUCCCCACUCGCACAGUCAUUUCCCAACAAAGACUCUGAAAGCACCCUGGGACGAAUAAUCAGGUUGACACAGGAAGUGAUUGACUACAGGGACUGGAUCAUUAAGAAGUGGGGGGGCAGGGAUCUGACACGAACUGACAACAGAGUUUCACCUCCUAAGGAGCCGGUGUCGGAGCAGGAGCCCUGCGUGCUAGGAGGAGGUGUUGGGUCCGAGGAGCAGCAAAGGGACUCUGUCUCUCCCCACAGUGCAGACUCCCCAAUGUCCAUCUCCAGCCCUCAGCAGCACUCUUCAGCUUCCUCGGUCUCCUCGCUGUCUGGAUCAGACAAUGACUCUGAUUCAGCACUACCCUGUCCAGUCCCUCCACCAGCCCUGCCACCAUACCCGUCUUUCCCACCCCUGGGCCUCGCUUUACCACCAGGCCUUAACUUGGGCAAGCCAGGCAUGGGAGGACACCAUCUCCUCAUGCAUCCAGGUUCACAGGCUCGCGUGUCACUGCCCGGUGGUCUAGCAAUGCACUCCAUACCUGGCAGACAGGUGUGUAUAGACACCGGGCUCCCCCCCUUCUUCCAUAUGCCCCCCCCAGCCCAUGCUAACCCCCCUGCCCCCUCCAGCCCCCAGCCUCCGCCCAGCCCCCACUCCAGCCACACACACAAGAACGGAGCGAAGUUUAAUGUGAAGGGCUUCCACAACCCACCACUGGUCAACAACCCUGUGCUGGUUAACCGCGGACACACACACACUCACACGCACACACAAUAUCACCGCAACACUUGGCGACGCAGAAAGAGGGACAGCCUUCCGGUUAGCCUCAGCAGAUAGAAACCACUCCUCUUCCUCCACUUUCCUCUCUCUCCUCUCUGGCUGCGAGAUCCUGGCUCUUCAUUUGUCUUGAAGGAGGACGGACAGGCAGACAGAGGACCAGCAGAGACCAGCAGUUUCACUCUGGGGCGGCCGCCACGUGGAUCAAAAGCCCUCAGCUCUGCAUCUUUCUCCUACUAUAUCUACCUUUCCAUUUCUGCAUGGCUUUUGUUCACAGUCUUUUAGGUUACAUUAUGUUACUUUCAGUAUUUUAUUGAUCCCAUCUUUGCUUUCAGGUCAAUUUCUGUUGUUUUUUUUCUCUGUUUUUAUGGGACUUGGUGGAGAUGCAUCUGCCAAGUUGACUUGACCUCGUCUUAGCCCUUGCAGCCAAGCUGCCUGUGGUUCAGUGUUAUUUUUCAGUUUAAACACUUAAGAACAAACGGUUUUUCAUUUUGUGCAAUAAUGUUAUUUUGCUUAUUUAAUUUUGUGUGUGUAUGUAAAGGCAUUUUAUACUGUUUUAUUUUUGUAGAAUUUUAAAUUUUGUUUACAAAAGUUUCCCCAGGCAGCAUCUCUGGAGUGUGUGUGUGUGGGUGUGUGUGUGUGUGUGUUAGAUGGACCUCAGUUCUCUUCUUCUCUUGCACCACGUGUGCUGUUUGAUGUGGAGAAGCUGGAUCAAAAAGGGAUACAUAGCUCUUAUCUGGAUAUUCCUUCCUUUUUUCCAAGCCUGUCUUGUGACGAUGGGCGGGGUGAACAUGAAAGUCCUCAUGGAGGUUUUGUUCCUCAGUCCAGUUUGUCAGAGGUACAGAGGGAAAUUGCACCCCGGGAUAUCCUACGAAACAAGGGGAAUAGAUUUACUUCUAUUUUAGCUAAAAAGAGGUUUCUUCUCUUAAGAUAGAGCUUUAGCAGUGGUUGCAGAGAUUGUGUGUGUGUGUGUGUGUGUGUGUGUGUGUGUGUGUGUGUUGAUGUCUGUGGGACUGUGCUGUUGCCAUAUCUUGUCAGUCAGGGGAAGGCUGGCAUUGGCCUGCUAUUUUUUUAAUUUCUUGGCCAUGUUCUCUACACCAGAGGCUCUUUUAAAAGGAAAGCCUCCAGACAGUGCAGGAUUUUGGUCUAAAAGAGCCUAUUCUGUUUAACAUAUAUGCUAUUGUGUUCUCUUUUUUGUGCUCGUCUAUUUUUGUAACAUGUAGGCAGGUUGGGGCCAUGAAGGCUACAGCUGAUCUGACUUGAAUUUGAAGAUCAAGUUUAAGGUGAGGUGGCAGAAAGCCGCUGAUUUCAUGUCAGAGAAAUCCUCUUCCUCUCUCUCUGGUGGAGAAACAGAGUUGUAGAGAUCUGAUCCCAGGGCUGAGGUUGACUCUGCUGGCAGCUGUAAAAUCUGUGCAGGCCAGCACUACCAUGCUCAGUGAGAAGGCUUGUUGUCCUGGACAGUAGGGAGAGAGAGGGGAGUCUUCCUGAACCAAGGACCCUCAUGAAAGGGAAUUAUAUUUUGAUUCCGUUCAGGAAUCUUGUGUAUAUUUGAUUGCCAGGUACUUCCGCUAAUUGUUUGCAAUGCCUUUCUUUGUGUUUACUAGGAGUGUGUGUAAGUUGUUUUCAGCGAGCACACCGUGUCACACAAAUACACACACUCACAGACAGGACUGUGGAGGGCUGUGACUCGCCCAGAACACUACACUCGCCGUUGUUAUUACUAUGCAAGUGGAUUAUUGAAAUUAUUGUGUCAACUCCAUUCCUUCCAGUUUUUUUUUUCGCUUGUUGGACGGAAACCUUAGCUGUCAGACUUACAAGCGAACUCAUGUGACCCCAUCUUCUGACACCCCUGUAUUUGUAUGAAGAUCCUGACAUGUUUCAAAUCUAGUUUUCUACAUGUAGCUGUCAAAUGUAAAGACCGGGGGAUGUUAAUGUCACUGGUUGGGUCUGGGUCUGGGUCUGUGUAGUGUGUGUGACAUAGUGAAACGUGUGUAAGAAAGUACUGAGACUCAUGACGCCACUGUUUUUUAAUCAGACACCCAACAAUUCAUCAGCACCAAGAGAGCGACUUGCUCUCUGCUGGUGCACUUCAGACGUGGCCAAAGUGUCCACCACCAAUUCUCCCCUUUUUAUCAAGACUCUGUUACACUAUUUAUUUAGAGUUUUCAUGAAAACAAUCGCAACUCUGACCUUCCAGUCAAACUACACCAAUCUCAGAUAAAGUUUCUGCUUUUCUAAACUCAGAGACUGUUUAAAUUAUGAGAUAAUCCUCACCUUUAAAGGAGAAAUCCUUCAGUCAGUGAUUUGACCAGGUUGGCAUUGUGAUGGCACCAGACUGGUAGGAAGGCAGUUUUUGGAGAUGUGCCCAGUCAUGCUGUCUUUCCCAGAGAUAAUUCUCUGAUUAUUUCAAACCAUCUGAACUGACUGCAUUGGUGAAUGCAAUGAUCAUUCUAAUGCAGUUCUAACCCGAUACAAAUAUGAUUUAAAAAGUGAAUAUCAAAAAUUUCCCAUCCAUCAAACUGCAUCCCAACAGCCAUGUCUGCUUUUAAAAAUCAGUACCAGCAAUAGCAAGAGGCUGGUAAUGAAAUUGGUGAAGGAAGGUUGUUGACUGGGUUAGAGUUGCCUGCAUCCUCACAUUAAAGACUUUACAUGCAGUAUCCUAAGAAGUCUGUAUGGUUUAAAAUCGAUGUGCAUGUCAGCGGUCCUAGUCUGCAUUUACUCUUCUCUUUGUCACUUUCUGUGCUGCCAGAUUAACUUCACAUCUGCAGAUGAGCUGAAGGUGGCCGGGAGCAGAGAGCGGCUAGGACUGCUGAGACGCGUACACAUGUACACGUAGAUGCAUUGUAAUAUUCCCCCCAUUGGGAUAUGAUGAGGGAUUUUAAACUAGCGGCUGCUGUUUAAAAAAGGAGGCAGCCCCUCUUUGUCCUGGCUGAUUCAUGUGAGCAGUGGCCCUCGAAAUGGACACCAAGCUACUGGUGGUCAGAGGUAACCACCGCCCAGAUUUUUUUUUUUUUUUUUUUUGACAUUUUUAUGUAAAUAUAUUUUUUUCUAUUUUAUUUUUUAAUAAACAUUUUAAAA